UUACCUUGCCUAACAACAACACGGUAAGAUAGAAACAACCUAUGGUUUGAAAUUAUUGAUUAAUUGAUUAGUUGUAUCAAAGCGUUUAAUUGGGCGGCUACAGUUAGUUAGAAGCUAAUUGAGCUGAGAAUAUACACAUCUCGUUGCGGGAUGUACUUCAGCGUCAAUUCCAUCCAAUUAAUCGAGUUGCUCAUUACAUUAAUGGAGAGUCUGCCAGAAAACUUUUAAGUAUCAAUAUGCCUAGAACAAAAAAACAGACACACGUAAAAUAUUUGUCCAAUAUCGAGGCGAAGAACUCUGGUACUAUAGAAAAAAACUUGGUGAAAUAAAAUCAGUGCUAAAAAACAAACAGUCUGCCAAAUUACAAAUCCAACCACUUAAAAAAUUGCGUCCUAGCGAAUCGUUUUUAUAUUCAGGAACAAAACUCGAAGUUGUUCUUUAUCAAAUUAUCGGGGGCAUGCACUACUACAAAAGAAGUUCGCGAAACGAGUUCAUAAAAGCUUAAAAGUUGCUCGUGAGGAAGCAAUUUUGGAAAAACAGAUUUCCGUGAUCACAGGUUUUUAAGAGUUGAAUUGCCACAGUAGUUCAAAGGUUUACCGGCUAACUGCCCACGUUAGAAAUGCCCAGAAAUUGAGCUCCCGCUCAAGAAGUACUAAGUACUUAUACUGCAAACUCAACAGCGGGCAUACGAGGUGGUGUAGUCUGAAACAUCUACGAUAAAAUGUGUGGAAUUAUUGUCCAGCUAUCUUAACCUAGACGAUUGAGCUUGUUUAUUUUUUUAAUUCUUGUUAUAACUGAAUAAAAGUGGUAUAGUUUGACAUAAAUGAAAAAUACUAGAACUGUAGAUGGAAAUUUGCUAUGCCCCCAAGAUAGGUCAGAAACUUUUCAAUGUACACGGAGUUUUAUAUUUUUACUCAUACUCAUCAAUAGUUAAAUUUAAACAUAUUGAACUGGGAAAAACUUGACAAUAACUAACCAUUAAUUUAAUGGAUAUUUACAAUUUACAUCAUAAGACUGAACUGCUAUGAGUAAGAAAUGUCAGUGAAUUUUUUUACUAUCAAUUAUAUUACAGUAAACAUUAAUUGUUUCUGACAUAUUGUAAGUGAAAUAAUUUUUAAAUUAAACACUAAUCUGGCAAUGGAAGAUAGUGAACUACUGAUCGGGUUUAUAUUUGGAUAGUUUGAUGGUAAAUUUUUCGAUCGAAUAUGUUAUUUUUGUAUCGUCAGAUGUAAAGACUUAAUUUGAAACAAACACUUAACCGAUUUUUUUUUGAAAGGCAGAGUUUAGUCUCUUAAUUGUUUGCAGAUGCGUGUAUGGUGUUUAGUAUAAUCUUAACUUAGGUUCAACUCGGAUUUACGUCAACAACAGGGGAAAUGAAUAGACAACUGAUGGUUAGCCACAGUUUUAAUUUGACAAGAUGUGUAUAUAGUUUUGACUUAACUAUGGUAUCAAUAAAUAAAUUGAUUUCCUACAUUUUUUAAACAAGAGCGAAAUAUAUGGACGAGUUUUCCAACCGGCUGACCUAAUGCUUGAGAGUUGAGUGCUUUUAUUACUAUAAGGGACUGAUCACUUGAAUGAAGGCUAUAUUUUACUAGACAGUUUUUGCUGCUUUUGGUCUAAAACGUAAAUAAGAUUGCUCUUCUUAAAAUCAGACUAAAUGAUCGUUUAGUUUCCUCAUUUUCAGCACUUAGUCAACGCAUGGUUAUGAAAGGGAGUUUUUUAGAAUUGUCAUGUCAUAUAACAUAUUUUUGAUUUAUGAAUCAGGAUUUUUUAGGUCUGAGGCUUUAUUGUGCAUUGAAGUUCACAUUAACAUUUACACGACGUUUAUAUAAAUAAGUAUCAAAUACAGCUUAGAUAUAAAAUACUCUGGAGGAAGUAAAAGUAUUUUUUCAUGUGUCUUUUGCAGUCUUUUGCGUUCUUUUCCAUAGAUUUUAAAACGAAUAGUCAAUAUUUUCAUGUAUAAACAACCCUGGGAUUUUUUACAACAUGUUAGGUCACGUUAAUUUGUUCUUAUGAACAUUUGCUCUCUCAAUGACGUGUAUAUAAGCCCGUUUUGGCUGACCAUUUUUCAUUCUUUCUAGCUUUCUAAAGAUGUUAUCCUGUGAAGAACUAGCAAUAAUGAGAAAUUUACCCGCUCUUGUGUCAGAUUUGGAUAGUAUGGAUAUUAUUGAUCACCUUACUGCUACUACUCCUCCAUUAAUCACUCCUACUGAUUAUGAAUCAAUUAUAUCGACUUCCCAAAGAGAAGGCAGAAGAGCAGGAGUAAGAUGUUUAAUUGCUUGUUUACUACGUCGAUCGGAAAUCCAAAAAGUAUUCAGAUGUUUUCUGAAUAUAUUAAAAGAAGAUUACGGCCACUUGUUUGAUUUGUUAGACAAAACAUACGAGAGCUUGAAAAAUAAAAAUAACGAUGAAUCUGAUUUUGGUGCACUAAACAAAAUUUCCUUUUGUUCUAGUAUCGUUUUGGAGACAGAAAAUCCACUAACCGUAACUACCCCUUGUCAAUCGGUCUCCAAAGACGUUGAUCAUUCGAAGAUGUUUUUAAAAGGGCUUGGAGUUUCUGAGAAUGAUAUCAUAUUCAACAUUAUUUCAACUAUAUGCUCACAUCCAAUUGCUGUUAUGAAUUGGAAAAAUCUUUUAAAUGAAUUGAUAGGAUGUAAUACUAUUAAUCCUAUUGGUAUUUUUAUGAACAGUAAUAAUUCACACUUAAAAAACAGUGAUUCAAGCAUGAAAGAUUUUGAAGAUUUUCUAUGGUGUGCAUCGAAUUGUCGUCGUGGCCUCUUUCACUUUUUCUCAAUCAAUAUAAUUCGAAAUUUAGAAAAUCGUGGUUCUCCUCUCAAACGAUCAUAUCCAGCGAAUUUUGAUACUGUUAAGUUUAAUGCUCAAUUAAUUCGUAAAUUAGUCACAGAAAAAUUAAUUCCAACUUUACAACAUUUUAAUCUCUGGAAUUUAGCCAAUCGCAUUCAAACACAGAUUGAAUACAAUGAUGCAAAUAAUUGUGACUCAGUGAAAAACUCUAUUUUGGAUAGAUGUAGCCUUCUGUAUAUGAAUAGUUUUCCUUUAAAAUUACUCGAUUCUACCUGUCAUAAUAAUAUUAACAACGAUAGUAAUUUACUGUUUGAUCUAAAUCAACCUAUUUCAUCAUAUGACCUAUUGAAAUCUUGUCCUCAAUUUAAUUAUGCAAAAUCUUUACUUUUCUCAUGUAUUGAACCAAUAUUUCAUCAUUCUCUUAUACUUUUGGAUUGGCCAUUUCUACUUCAUGAAUUAAAUGUUUGUUCUAAUUGUAUUUUAUAUUUACUCAGUUGUCAUUCUUCUUCACAAUGUUUAUUAUCUACCAAAAAUAAUAGUAGUAGUAAUAGUAGUAUUUUAUUAACUGAAUCAAACAAUUGUAAUUCUUUUUGUCAAAAUAUUCAAGAUGAGAAAAUUAAAAAUGUUGCAUUGGUUAUUCUUUUCUGUACAAUACUUCAAAAUACAUUGUAUCAAAAAAUGAUUAUAGAUCAAGAUAGUCAAAAUCUAAGUCAACCUGUACAGUCUCUGAGUGAAAGUGUUCAAAAGUCAUGUGUAGCAUCUAUAAUUCAUACGAAAUUAUUACCAGCUCUACAAUGUCUUGAUUUGAAUGCAUUACAUGGUGAAAUAGAACAAUUGGCUUUUCAAAUGCUUCAUUAAAAUUUUUCUUGUAAAUUCUAUCUAUGUAUAAAAUUGUGUAAGUUAAAGUGUUCUUGAAUUCUGACUUAUGUCUAUCAUCUCUUUUGAAGAAGCAUAGGUCGCCCAACAGGAUUCUCCACUGAACUCUGUCCUGGGCAAACCUUUCCAAUUGUUUCUGAUCGCUAUUCAUUCUUUUGAUGUCUGCUUCCAAUCGCGACCCUUGAUUUUUCUUUUUCCCUUCAGGAUUCCAAGUUAG